AUGUUUGUAUUAUUUCUUAGAUCUGAAACUCAGCACCGAGGCUCUGCUCCCCACUCUGAGAGUGAUCCACCAGAACAGGAAGAGGAGAUUCUAGGGUCUGAUGAUGAUGAGCAGGAAGAUCCCAAUGAUUAUUGUAAAGGAGGUUACCAUCUUGUGAAAAUCGGAGAUCUAUUCAAUGGGAGAUAUCAUGUGAUCCGAAAGUUGGGCUGGGGACACUUUUCAACAGUGUGGUUAUCAUGGGAUAUUCAGGGAAAGAAGUUUGUAGCCAUGAAAGUAGUUAAAAGUGCUGAACAUUAUACUGAAACAGCACUAGAUGAAAUCCGGUUGCUGAAAUCAGUGCGAAAUUCAGACCCUAAUGAUCCAAAUAAAGAAAUGGUUGUUCAACUUCUAGAUGACUUUAAAAUAUCAGGAGUUAAUGGAACACAUAUCUGCAUGGUGUUUGAAGUUUUGGGGCAUCAUCUGCUGAAGUGGAUCAUCAAGUCCAAUUAUCAAGGACUUCCACUGCCUUGUGUCAAAAAAAUCAUUCAGCAAGUGUUACAGGGUCUGGAUUACUUACACAGCAAGUGCCGGAUCAUCCACACUGACAUUAAACCAGAAAACAUCUUGUUGUCGGUGAAUGAACAGUACAUCCGGAGGCUGGCUGCAGAAGCCACAGAAUGGCAGCGGUCUGGAGCUCCUCCACCUUCUGGAUCUGCAGUCAGUACUGCACCCCAGCCUAAACCAGCUGACAAAAUGUCAAAGAAUAAGAAGAAGAAAUUGAAGAAGAAGCAGAAGCGCCAGGCAGAAUUACUAGAGAAGCGAAUGCAGGAAAUUGAGGAAAUGGAGAAAGAGUCGGGCCCUGGGCAAAAAAGACCAAACAAGCAAGAAGAAUCAGAGAGUCCUGUUGAAAGACCCUUGAAAGAGAACCCACCUAAUAAAAUGACCCAAGAAAAACUUGAAGAGUCAAGUACCGUUGACCAGGAUCAAACACUUGUGGAACGUGGUGUAGAGGGUGGUACAGCAGAAAUUAAUUGCAAUGGAGUAAUUGAAAUCCUUAAUUAUACUGAGGACAGUGAGGACAGUAAUAAAGAAACACUGAGGCUUACAGAUGACCUGCAUAAUGCUAAUGACUCUGAUGUUCAGAAUUUGAAGCAGGAAGCUAGUUUCCUAAGCUCCCCAAAUGGAGACAGCAGCACAUCUCAAGAAACAGACUCUAGUACACCUGUAACUGAGGUGUCAGAUACUGUGGUGUGUCAGUCUUUAUCAAAUGUAGACCAGUCACUCAGUGAACAGGACAUCAGUCAGCUUCAAGAAAGUAUUCGGGCAGAGAUACCUUGUGAAGAUGAACAAGACCAAGAACAUAAUGGACCACUGGACAGCAAAGGAAAAUCUACUGCUGGAAAUUUUCUUGUUAAUCCCCUCGAGCCAAAGAAUGCGGAGAAGCUCCAAGUGAAGAUUGCUGAUCUUGGAAAUGCCUGUUGGGUGCAUAAACAUUUCACUGAAGAUAUUCAAACAAGGCAGUAUCGCUCCUUGGAAGUUCUGAUAGGAUCUGGCUAUAGUACCCCCGCCGACAUUUGGAGCACGGCAUGCAUGGCCUUUGAACUGGCCACUGGUGACUAUUUGUUUGAACCUCAUUCAGGGGAAGAGUAUACUCGAGAUGAAGAUCACAUUGCAUUGAUCAUAGAACUUCUGGGGAAGGUGCCUCGCAAGCUCAUUGUGGCAGGAAAAUAUUCCAAGGAGUUUUUCACCAAAAAAGGUGACCUGAAACACAUCACGAAGCUGAAACCCUGGGGCCUUUUUGAGGUUCUAGUGGAGAAAUAUGAGUGGUCUCAGGAAGAGGCAGCUGGCUUCACGGAUUUCUUACUGCCCAUGUUGGAGCUGAUCCCCGAGAAGAGAGCCACUGCCGCUGACUGUCUCCGGCACCCUUGGCUCAACUCCUAAGCCCCAGCCCAGCUCCGCAGCAGAGACCACACGCCGCCCCUCCGCUUCCCUCCAAGCAUUUCCCUCUCCCUUUUCAGGUGGAGCUCUUUCUUCAAGGGUUUCUAGGUUUGGGGCGGCUUUUUAUAUUAUUCCAACAUGUUCAUUUGGGUCUGCUUACUUGACCCUGUGGAGAUUCCCCCACAGCCAUUGGGCAUCCUAGGUGAAUUUGGCCUUGAUUGGGCUUUGCCAAAGACUAACGGACUAAAAUGUGGAACAGCCUCUCGCCCUGUGCCCUAGUCUUUCCAUUGGGACAUCCUUUAAAUAAUAAGCAGCCUUUUUAAAAAGAGCUAUGAAUAUGUAGGAGCUCAUCCUUUUAUUCACAGACUCUAAGAGUCAGAUUUUCUAAUGCAUAUCCUCUUGCCAGCAUAAGGAUGAGAGGGGGGAAGGGUGACUCUCUGUACAGCAGAGACAUUAAACUUGCUGUAUCCAGGCUGCACCAUCUUCCUGGAUUGUUUC